UGUAGAACUAUGGGGCCGCUCGACUCAACGGUGUCGUACAUGACGUACACUGCCACAAUGAUGGACGUCUGCGAUGUAGAGCGCGGUGCUGGCAAACGCCACGUCAGCUGUCUAGAGCGCGAGAACUUUCGUCAGAAAGAGCAAAGCAAACCCGUCAAAGACAGGCUCAUAAUUAGGGCCGCGAUUACACAUUCUCCAACAAUGUUGAGUCAUGUGCAUCCUCAAUAAGUAUGAUCUAAAUCGCAUCUC